AGAAUAGUUCUAACUCCAUAUAUUGAUAAUUUGAGCAAUGUCGAUGGAGUUGUUGACUUCCAUUGGCUCCAUUCAGAAAUUAUUCUCAAUGGAGCGAUGGAGCAAUAUCAAUGGAGAUGUUCUCCAUUCACACCAAUGGAUAAAUGUGUCAACCCUG